AUGGAUAUCCCGGGGGCCCCGCCGUCUUCAGGGGCCCCCCCGUUAGCUGCUGCGGCUUUGAGUGCACCGAGGUCUGAAGCAGACAGCAGCGAUGGAGCAGCAGCGGCAGCGGCAGCAGCGGAGGGUACGGUUGGUCUUCCGCGGGUGCUGCAGUGGCUGAUCCCGCCAGAGUUAAGGAAUUGGCUGGAGGAGGAGUUGAAUGGUUACUCUGUUUUCUUCAAGACAACCUCUUCUUUUCCCUCUGCCUUGCCGGGGCUCUCUCCUUGGGAGGGGUCCCCUGGGGGCCCCAGUGGGGGCCCUGUCGACCUCGACUUGUCCCGCCGCGGUGGCAGCACAUCAGAUCCCCUGUACCCUCUGCAGGAUGCCGUCAGAGCACAGCUAUCGUUGCUAGCAGGGGAUGCUUGGGAGGUUCUGGGGGCUCCCCGGUUGACUGACGCAGAAGAAAAGGUAAUGGGGGGGCCCAGGGCCGGCCCAAUUGAGGAGGUGUGCUUUGGGGGGCCCUCGGAUAUCUUCAGCUCGCCUCAAUCGGAACUGCGGCAAAUACAGGGGGAGCCGCGGCAGCAGCUGUCUUCAGGGGAGGCAAGCGGCCUGCUGCAGUGUCUGCUGCCGCUAGCAGCAGCAAACCUCUGCAGCGCUGCAACCGCUCAACAGGAUGAGCAGCAGCAGCAGGAAGCAGCAACGGCCACAAGCGUAUUUUCGCUGCUCCCGCAGCCAGCGCCGGAUAAGGUGGAGAGGCUGCAGCGGGUUUCUUCUUCUGCAGCAGCAUCAGAUGGAGGAGACAAAAAAGAAGGCAAAGCAAAGGCAGCAACACUCAAGGAGGAAAAGGGUCUCCCUGGAUGCAGCGGGCUGCUGCAGACUCUUCAGGGUCAAACCUCAGGCACAGAAGCAGCAGCAGCAGCAGGCGAAGAUGGGAAGCAAGAAGGGAUGCAAGGCCGAAAGCGGCAGCAGCUGCUGCAACAAAUACUCAGCAGCCGGGAGCAGCUGCUGCAGCUGGCGAAGCAGGCAGAGUCAGAGGCUGCAGCCGCAGCAGCAGCUGCAGCACAGCCUAUAGAGGCCAUCACAGGCGUCGAGCUGGAGCAGAUGAAGCAGCAGCAACAGCAGCAGCAACAGCAGCAGCAACAGCAGCAGGUAGCGUUGAAGCAGCGGAUGAGAGCUGAAUUACGGCGGGGUGCACUGGCAGCAUAUGAUUUGUUUUGUUUAGAAACCGCAGAAAAGAAAGAACUAGAAAAAACAACAGAUACUGCCGAGACACCAGGAGACAGUCGCCCUGAGGAACAGCCGGACCUAGCACCAUCUGAGCAACAGCAACAGCACCAACAGCAACAGCAGCAGCAGCAGCAGCAGGAAGAGGGUCCUGCUGCAGCAGCACCACCACCAGCUACGAUAGCCACUUCUUUGGAUUUGCUGUUGCCUCUUGCGGCUCUGCCUGGAGGGGUUGUAGAGCCCAUCGCCAGUUCUCUUUUUGCUGCAGGAGACUUGGAGGCUGGGCCCCUUCCUCCUCCCUCCUCGCCUGUCUCCAUCGCAUCUGAAGACCCUGAUGAGCAGCAGCAGCAGUUCAAGGGGCAUGCAUUGAAGCAGGAUCCGCGGGCGCUGCAGCAGCUCUCGUUUGACGGUAGACGCAGCGCCUUUGUCGUCUCCCUGUCGCAGUCCAGCAGCGGCAACAGCAGCAGCAGUGGAGUGGUGCGUCGGCGAAAGGUGUUCUCGUGUCUUUGUCGCAGCCGCCAGAAGACAGCAGCAGUAGCAGCAAAAUACUUGCAGCUGCGGCAGCGGAUGGAGCUGCUGCCUGAGGAGACGGCUGCUGCUGCCGUCCUCUCAGAAGAGGGAAUAACCGACGAGGAGACACCAGCUGCUGCUGCGGCACCUGCUGCUGAUCCCCCAGCAGCAGCUGGAGACAGGGCUGCAGCAACGAGACGCUGCAGCAGCAGCAGCGCCAGCCGGUGCAGCGGCACGGGGGAAUUGCUGCAGGAGGUGCGUGCUAGGCUGCAGCUGCAUCUGCUGCGGCAGCAGCGGCAGGCGCUACAGCAGCAGCGAGACCGUUUUUAUCGUGCUGCUGAUGAGGGCUGUUGGGUUACUGGAGACACUCCUGUCUUGGGGGCCCCUUACCCUCUCAAUAGCUUCCCAUGGCUCCACCACCUUGGAGCACCUCCUCCAGGUGUCCGCGUGGGUGGGGCCCCGGGGCCCACCGACGCAGCAGCAGAGGUGGAUCCGCCUGCUCCUGCUGUGGCACCUGUUGCUGCUGUUCCAGUACCAGCAGCAGCAGGAAAGAACGGGGGCCCGAAGGGAAGAGGUGGCAGCAGGUCGGCGUUUGUUUUGGGGGACUCAGCACGAGGGCCCCCCCCUGUGGCUGCAUGCGUGGUUGCAGACACCGGAGACGAGGUCUCACAGCCAACGGUUGCGAAGGGGUCCGCACCAGCAGCUGCUGCAGCGGCAGUUGCGGCUGCUGCAACUGCAGCAGCAGCAGCAGCAGCAGUAGCAAUAGAUGUGGGGGGCGUUUCUGCCUACAGCGGAGCAGCAGGGGCCACUGAAACCGAUGACAAACCCUUCCACGGAGAUCCCCCUGACGCCAAGCCUUGGCCCAGGGCCCCGGUCUCCAGGGCCCCCUACAUGUGUUACCCUGUGGAUGCCCCUUUUGGUGGGGGCCCCACUGCAGGGGGCCCCUCCGCAGAGGGAGGGGGCCCUAAGGAUGGCGCUGAUGAGGCUCUCAGACACAGAGAGGGGCCCACCAACCCGUCGGAAGCUGCCGCCGAGGGGCCUCCUUCCACAGGCUGGGCUGUUGAAGCAGCGGCUGAUUCAGCAGCAGCAGCAGAUUCAGCAGCAGGAGCAGCAGAUUCGGCAGCACAACAACCUUCAGCGGGGGAAGCAGCAGUAGCAGGAGCGGGAGGCAAACGAGGCAGUGCGUUCGAGGGGGGUGCGCCCAGCACCGACAGUAACAGAAGCAGCAGCAGCAGCGGCAGCGGGUGCAGCAGCAGGCCACGAGAAGGCGGCUGUGCUCCUCGUAUGGGCGAGGCCUCAGGGGGCACCCCUUGGGCUCCCCCUCUUUCGCUCUCUCUUUUUCUGUCCUUUCCUCCGUCUUUGUCUCUGUCUCUCUCUCUCUGCCUCUCGCUCUCUCUCUCUGUCUCGUCUUUCUCUGUACCACUGUCCUUGCCUUUGCUGUGUCUGUUUUGGUUUGUUGCCGAAUGA